AUGAAGCUGCUUUUAGCAGGAAUUGUUCUCACUUUCCUCACUAUAUGUGACGCUCAGUGGUACAAGUUUCCUAUUGAAGCUGCUCAAGGAGCUCGUGAUAUGGCCAGAGCCUACAGCGACAUGAGAGAGGCCAACUUCGAAGGUUCUGACAAAUACUUUCAUGCCAGAGGAACCUAUGAUGCUGCACAGAGAGGAGCAGGAGGGAGGUGGGCUGCUGAGGUUAUCAGCAAUGCCAGAGAGUGGAUAAAGGAAAGUUUUGGUACCGGUACAAAAAAAACGGAUAUAGGAGAUCUUCAUGCAUAA